CUUCCUCAUUCAAAAUGACUCACGGACGUUGGGCCACUCGAAGCUUACUUGCUUGAGUGUCUUGCAACCUUCAGCUACUUUAUUUAAGUAAACGGCAAGCAAACUGUUCUCAAGAAAAGGCCCGAAAGAGAACUUUGUAGUGGAGAACUGUGUUCAGUUCAAGGAAGUAACAACUGCAAUGUCUCCUUUGAUGUUUAAAGAUGCUUUCUGGGGGUCUGAUUUCACUUGUCACGCCGGGUAUGACGCUGUGAUCCAAAGGUUACGGGAUGGAAGGCAAAUGUGCAAAGAUGUGGAGGAGCUUUUGAAGAUGAGGGCACAAGCAGAGGAGAAGUAUGGGAAGGAACUAGUGACUAUUGCUCGCAAACCCGGAGGACAUUCUGAGAUCAGCACUUUGAGAGCAUCCUUCGACCAAUUAAAAUCCCAAAUCGAGAACAUUGGGAACUUUCACAUCCAACUAUCUGAGUUAUUGAAAGAGGAGGUGAAAAAAAUUGAGACAUUCAGAGAGCGCCAGAAAGAGCAGAGGAAGAAGUUUGAAAGCAUCAUGGAGAAGGUUCAAAAGAAAAAGGUUACCUUAUUCAAGAAGACCCUGGAGUCUAAAAAGAACUAUGAGCUGAAAUGCAAGGAGGCCGACGAGGCAGAACAAGGGGCUGAGAAAAUAAUCGUUUCAUCCAAAAAUCCUGAAAAGGUACGCAACAGGACAAAGCAGUGCAGACAGGCAGCCAGUGAAGCAGAGAAGCUGUACGUCAAUAACAUUGCCCAGCUUGAAGUUGUUCGCCAGGACUGGGAAGAAACGCACAAAAGCACGUGCGAGGUGUUCCAGCAGUUGGAGGGUGAUCGGAUCAGCAUGCUCAGGUGUGCUCUUUGGGACCACUGCAAUCAAUUCUCCACGCAGUGCGUCAAAGAUGACGAGUUUUACGAGGAGGUGAGGAAGAUUCUGGAACAAUGUGACAUUACCACAGACAACAACUAUUUCAUAGGGUUGAAAAGCACAGGAUCGAGGCCGCCAGAUCCCAUCGUGUUUGAAAGCUACUACCCUGGAGGGACGGCCAGAGACAGCAACGGCCUGGCCCAUUUUGCAGGAGGGGAAGGCAUAGCGAGGAGGUUCUCUGACUCUGUAUUGGGAAACUCUGUGAACAUCCACGACAGUCCUCGAAUGUCGCACUCAGCACUGGCAUCUCUUGGCGAAGGUGAGGAUGGCUACGCUCCUCUCCCGUGCUUCCAGCUGGAGCCACCAGUGGCAACCUUACCGGAUUUUGAGGAUUUCUAUGUCGUCCUUUAUGAAUACAAUGCACAGGAACAGGACGAGCUAUCGGUGAGCAGAGGAGAACUGAUCCGAGUGCUGGAACAAAGCAAUGAUGGCUGGUGGACUGUGGAGAAGAAUGGGAAGAGUGGACUGGUGCCAGGAAACUACCUAGGCAAACAAACACACACAUAAGACCAUACACACAUGAGACAAUACAUACCCACACACACACACAGAUGCUACCCAUGCUUAAAAAUACGAGCGCAUAUUGCAUGGUGUUUCAAGCUUGCAAAGAAACAUUCUGCACAUGAACUCACAUCACACACACAACACCUCGCACACAUUCACACGUCUUUCUCAAGCUUCCUCGUUCUUCACAGUCAAGAUUUGUACAUUUUCUCAACCCCUCCUGAAACGUUGUGUCUUCCAGCGAGCAGCAGAUUUGAGCAGCCUCUUCUCAUCUAUUUGAAGUGGUGUUAUUAUUUAUUGUGAGCGAGUGAUAAACUUUUAUAGUACCGAAACCCUGCUACCUCGUGUUCUGUACAGAUUCUUGCGCUCUAUGCUUACAGGGUGCGUACAGUGCAGUAUGACAGGAAAUAAGAAUGGUAACUCAUCUACUGUGGAACAUGAGAAAGAGACAUUUUAUUCUUUUUAUAACGUUUAUUUUCAAUAUGUAGUGUUUCAGGAGGCGAUAGAAGAGAAGUGCUGAACUAUGCACGGCACGCAUACUUGUUAGAAAUAUUAAAAUAUCGUCAUAUAAGACAGAUGAUGCUUAUGAUGUUAAGAGCUGUGACCUAGUGGUUAGAGAAGUGGAUUUGAGAUCGUGGGGUCACCUAUUUGAGCCUCUCUACAUCCAUGGUUGCAGUGCCCUUGAGCAAGUCACCUAACGUCUAACAACUGCUCCCCGGGGGGCUUGCAGGCCCCCCCACUGCUCCUAGUGUGCUCACUAGUCUGUAUAUGUACAAAUGGAUGGGUUCAAAGUGAGAACCGACCCCUUUUAUGUGUGUACAGUAUAUACAUGGCAAAUAAAGCUGAUUUACAUUUGCAUUAGAUGAGAACAUUUCUCUGCAACAAAGUUGUCUGUACGUGUUUUCACUUGUCUCGGAUCAUUGCUGCGUUUCCUUUUCUUUGUUGUGUCUAAAUAAACAGUACCAGGAAGAUCCAGCUGUUGACUUGAGUCAGGUAGUUAGAGAGUGAACUGGAGAACACAGAAGGUUUCUCAUUAUACGCGGUGCCUGCUGUCUGUAAAGUAUUUUUUAUUUAUUCGUUUUCCUCUCGAGUCUGUAUGUUCUGGUUUAAUCGAUAAGUUUCAUUCUCGUAUGUGUGGAAGGAAAAUACAAAUAAAUAAAACAGGCCAGUUGAAA